AUGCCGGAGCGGUUUGUGAGCCUAGGAUUGAUGCUCAAGGCCGAGUGCUUGGCCCCGGGUCAGAUGGGCUGCUUGCGGAACUCUAUGUUCACCCGGGAGACCCUCAUCAGGGCUCCUCUGGGUCGACACUUUACUCGUGGGCGAUCGCUACCCCCGGCAUGCUUUGUAUACGGCAAGAGGCCAGAGAGGGACCCGGACGGGAUGGCCAAGUGCCUCAACUGGUGCGCCUACAAAUCCGUUGAGGACUCCAAAGUCUAUGGGGUAGACUAUCACAAGACAAAUGUCGAGAGUGUCAAGAUGCGAAUCCACAGGGUGCCUGAGUGGGUCCGAUUUCGAAAGGAAAAGGACUUCCACCGAAAGCCUGUCAAACCGAUUGUUCAACUGAAAAAGCCUGUCUUCCCUCUGGAUAUGACUUUCGGCAAACCAACUCGUCCUUCUACACCAAUAGGCUGUUUGCUCUCACACUACUAUAAACGGGAGUUUGAUCAAAUGGCAAUCGAGAACAACAGAUCAUACUUGACAGGCAUGGCCAUCGCGCAGAAUAAGUCCCCACAACCCUACGACACACUAAAAUCGGCGAACGCUGUGGUACGGCUGCCAUCGAAGCAGCCUGCGCAGAAGCUCUGGACAAUGAAGCGCUUCCGCUCCCAGCCGCCGCGUAUUUCCAGCCGCUGGAGUCACGAGGAGGAGCAGAAGAUGAGUAAAAAGAUGUACGAGAAGCCGAACUGUGAUGUGCUUUUGAAAAAAUAG